AUGUUAUCACGCCGAGAAAAGUUGUAUCAGCAACCGUGGGAUGAAAGAAGAUACAAAGAUCACAGGUUUAAGGUUGCGUCAGCUUUACCGGCUAUCGACGACCGGCCACCAGCACCCCGACCACACGUAGCCGUCAAACUCAAAAAGGUGCAAAGGGAACUUGACAGAAAGAUCAAGAUUCAAAAUGAAAACUUCAGCUUACUACAACGACUCAACACUGUCAUGAAAGUAAAUAGACUGGAUAACCGAUGGACGAAACCUUUGCCCAAUUUUCAGCAAAAAGUGGGUCAAUUCCAUGACGUGGAGACGCUAAAUACUCGCUUGGCUGCGAGAUAUGAAGAAUCGAAACAAGAAUCCUAUCACGGAACUACUAAGUGCUAUGCUUGUUCCAAAAAAUUGGAACAGAACAAAGCCAGCAUACAUUCUGCCAGCGAGUCAUCUCUUCCAUUAAUAUAUUUGGGACAAUAA